AUGUCCAAGCUUGGUCUGCGGCAGAUCCACGGCGUGAACAGGAUAACUAUCCGGAAAUCUAAGAAUAUCUUGUUUGUCAUCGACAAUCCGGAUGUCUUCAAAAGUCCAGCUUCCGACAUCUACAUUGUCUUUGGAGAAGCCAAGACCAUUGAGAGUGAUCAGAUGAUACCAGCUCUGCUUCUACCCUUCCGGGGUAGCCUCCUUUUUGAGGCGGAAUCCAUGGAGAUUGUGCUGUUCCCACAAGGAGAAGCGGCGGGGAACGAUGCUCUCUACGAUGUGGAGGAUGAUGACGACAGUGCCUCCAACUCCUUCCUGCACUCUCUCUCGGAAACAUCCAUUGACGAAGGUGUGGACGAGUCCUUUGCUUACCCGGACGACACCUCCCAGUCCUCAGACUCAGCUUCCAAUGAUGGCAAGGAUGGCGUGGAGCAGUAUGCUGUGGUCGCCGACAUAGUUGUAGAGUCCAAGGAAGACACAGAGAGAGCGCUGCUGCACGUGGAAAGUGAGAGCGAGAUGGACAUAUCCUCAGAUGCGUACAACACGGAUGAAGACACCGUUCAUGGAACAGGGGAAGAACAGACGAGGGGAGAGACCGAGGAAAAGGGUACGCCAAAAGAGGAAAAAUUGAUUGAGGAUGACAUAAUGAAACCUCCAAGAUCCUUUGAUACAACGGUUGUGUCCCGGCUGCAAGCUAGACCAGAGAGCCCAGGUGGUGUCUCCGCAAAGAGCAUUUCUCAUCUGGGGUCAGGAGAUGAGGACUCUGUGGCGGAUUCUGAAGAUUUGACUCCCCCAACUCAGGACGACAAAGAAGAAGAUUCCCUCAAGGAAAUGGUCCUCUCCGAUGUCUCUCCAACACAUCUGCCUCACUCAGAUGUCCAACCAACUGACCUGGAAUCGGGGCUCUCUGAGUGUGGGGAGUGUCUGAUUGCUUGCUUUGAUACCGAUGAUGAAUCAGACAACCAGCCUCCGUUGAGCGACACUGUGGAGGAAUCUCCAUCAGUCGGUCCCUUAGCCGAGGAAUGGAUGACCCAGGUUUGCGCAGGGUCAGUCAUCCCCCUGGGAUGGAACCCCAUAUCCUGCCCAAUUGAGUUGGAAGAUCUGGAAGCCGUGGACAACAAUGACUCUUCUAGCUUGGACAUCGGUGCGCGGCUUGAAGAAUCUGAGAAACGGCUGAUGGAGCUCCUCGACCAAGAUGGUGCCACCAGCGGAAGCUCCACCGAACUGGAGCUGGGUGACGGUGAGCUGUUGGGGACCUCUUCCGAGAAGGAGAGGCCCUUUGCGUCGCUCCUUGAAUCGAAGGAGGCUCUUUUAGAACAACCUGAAGUGGCCCAAACAGAUACUGAGACAACCCAGGACAGUCUCAUUGUCUGUCUGGAGUCAGAAGACGAAUUGGAGGAAGCGUCGUCUCUUGACCAGAUCAACAACAAUGAGGACCGUGCGAUGAUGGCGUUUUCUGAGGCAAAACCUGACUCUCAUUCUCUCCUGGUGCUGAGCCACACCCCAGAGAACAUCCUUACAGAAGACAACGGAGUCCUUCUCGAUGCCUCGGCACCGUUGCCCCANCAGAUGGCUCUGUUCCUGCCGGUGAAGAAGAAGAAGGAAGACCGGCCACAACCCGAGGGGGCCAGUUGUGACACAACCACCAGCAACGCCGCGGCCGGCUCAGUGGCGCUGAGCGAAUGUGGCCAGAUCGUGAUGGAGCAGGCUCCCAAAUCUGGCGGGACGAGGCCCCGAAGUCCUGAACACUCUCCGGGGACAGAUCUCCUGGACGCGCGCAUCGUGAUGGGUGAGGAGACCCACUGCCUCAGGGUGGCAGUACAGGACAUCCUUGGGGUCCCCACGCCUGGCAUCUCAGAGACCACCUCUGGCGAAGAGAUGAGCAACAUGGGCAACGAAGGCUUGGAUGCGGCAUUCCAGGGUGCGCCUCUCCCUCCCGUUGCAAGAGGCUUCGGUAACCUCCAUGCUUGCGCAUCCGUGUCCCCGCCAGGACUUCUGAAGUCCCAGGAGCUGGCUGGGGUGGGAGUGUUCCCUCUCUCUCAGGGCGAGCCAAUGGCCAACGUGCCUUCCCUGUCUCCCACACUUGCCAAAGACCUUCCCGCAGAGUUGGCUGAGUCCCAGCUGUUCCUUGCCAAGCAUCCGUGUAGCCUCGACACCGAGCUUUACUUCACGGCUCCAUCCACCCCGAUCCGGACUCUGUUCCCCCCUCUCAGGCAGCCCCCGUUCUCAAAAGACGGCCUGAGCGAGGAGCAGAACGAGGUAGACAGCGACAGCCUCUGCUCUCCACCCACCUCGCCCUCGGGCUCCUACAUCACCGCCGAGGGAGGCAGCUGGACUUCGACAGGCACCGCUAGCACAUCACCAUCCUGCUCGCCAAACCUCUUAGCCGAAUCAGAAGCCCUGGAAGCCCCAACGGCGGAUGAGGAGGCUUUGUCCGAGUUAGACUUUCCAGAAGGGGAACCAAAACUUUCCAGGGUGACUUGCCCCACUUUUGGAGCUUUCCCGCGGCUGUCCUACAACACCUUUCCAUCGUCGUACCCUGCGGAGGAAUGCAGCGUAGGGGAGGAAGAGGAGCGGAUUCCUUCAGAGGAAGGCUGGGGCUGCGAAACGAUUCCCUUGAAGCUUCUCCCGCAUGAGGCUGAGCAGACUUCUCCCUCCUGGCCCCCUGAUGAUGAUGAGUGCGAGGUUGGUGCCGACUUCAGCUUCACGCCUUUGGAGGAGCAGGCGCGCUUGUUGCCUUCAUACGACACAGAAAUUGGAGGUUUCACAAAAAGAGGGUUGGAAGCCUGCCCUUUUUCUGGUCCCUUUACUUCCGUGUCUGAGCCUCGUUCUGAGCUUCAGGGUGUGUUUGAAGCGGUCCCCACCGAGGUGGGUGAACAUGGUGGCGUUCAAAGCCAGCCACCUAUGUCCUUUCCAGAGGACGUCGUGAAGACCAUUGAGAGUGAUCAGAUGAUACCAGCUCUGCUUCUCCCCUUCCAUGGAAGCCUCCUUUUCGAGGCGGAGUACAUGGAGAUUACGCUGUUCCCGCAGGGAGAAGUGGUGGAGAACGAUGCUCUCUACGGCAUGGAGGACAAUGACAGCACCUCUGUCUCCUUUCUGUGUUCUCUCUCAGAAACCUCUGUCAAGAAAGGCGUGGAUGAGUCCUUUGCUUAUCCGGAUGACACCUCCCAGUCCUCAGACUUGGCUUCUGAUGACAGCGAGGAUGGCGUUGAGCAGUACACUGGGGUCGCUGACACAGUCGUAGAGUCCAAGGAAGACCUGGAGAGCACCCCCUCGCAACUGGAGAGCGAGAGCGAAAUGGAUGUGUCCUUGGAUGCGUACAACAUGGAUGAAGACACCAUUCGUGGAACAGGGGAAGAACAGAUGACAGGAGAGUCCGAGGAAAAGGGUACGCCAAAAGAGGAAAAAUUGAUUCAGGAGGACCCAAUGAAACCUCCAAGGUCCUUUGAUACAACGGUUGUCUCCCGGCUGCAAGCUAGGCCAGAGAGCCGAGGUGGUGCCUCCUCAAGGAGCUCUUGUAUUUCUCAUCUGGGGCUAGGAGAAGAGGACUCUGUGGUGGCUUCUGAAGAUUUGAGUCUGCCAACUCAGGAUGACAAAGAAGAAGAGUCCCACGAGGAAAUGGUCCUCUCCCACAUCUCUCCAAGACAUCUGCCUCACUCAGAUAUUCAACCAACCCACCUGGAGUCAGGGGUCUCUGAGUGUGGGGAGUGUCUGAUCGCUUGCUUUGAUAUCAAUGACGAAUCGGACAACCAGCCUCCGUUGACCGAUACCACAGAGGAAUUUCCGUCAGUUGGUCCCUUAGCCGAGGAAUGGAUGGACCAGGUUUGCGCAGGGUCCGUCAUCCCCCUGGAAUGGAACUCCAAAUCAUGCCCAGUUGAGUUGGAAGACCUGGAAGCCGUGGACAACCAUGACUCUUCUAGCUUGGACAUCAGCACGCGACUCGAAGAAUCAGAGAAACGGCUGCUGGAGCUCUUCGACCAAUAUGGUGCUGCCAGCGGAAACUCUGCUGAACUGGAGCCGGGUGACAGUGAGCUGUUGGAGACUUCUUCCGAGAAGGAGAUGCCCUUUGUGUCACUCCUUGAAUCGAAGGGGGCUCUUUUAGAACAACCUGAAGUCAUCCAAGCAGAUGCCAAGACAACCCAGAACAGUCUCGUUGUCUGUCUGGAGUCAGAAGAUGAGCUGGAGGAAGUGUCGUCUCUUGACCAGAUCAACAACAAUGAGGACCGUGUGAUGGUGGUGGCAUUUUCUGAGGCAAAACCUGACUCUCAUUCUCUCUUGGCGCUGAGCAACACCCCAGAGACCAUCCUUGCAGAAGACAACAGGGUCCAAGAAUCUCCUCUGUUUUCCCCACACAGGGAGGAAGCAGCAGAUUUGCAGAACUGGAGUUCAUGUGGAAAGCAGAAUAGCUCAGUCAAUCCAGAAAUAGAGGACUACUCUGGACACUCUUCCAAUGAUGAAGCGGUGGUAGAUGACACCAUAACACCUAAUCUUUCCAAACUGUGCUUGGAGACUGGCGAAACUGAAGCUCUCAGUGGACAAGAGACUCAGGACAGUGACCGUUAUCUUAUGCCAACCCAUGUUGAAAUGGGCAGCCGUGUUGAGAAAACAUCAGAAGAAGACCUAGAUAAGGCUGCGGAAACAUUGCAUCUCUCCAGGGAAGAGUUGGUUGAAACAAACAACCCACUGAAUAUGACAAAAGUGGUAGAGGACCCUAGGCAGCAAGGGUUAUCCAAGGAGGGUAAUGCUGACCAGGGUUGGGGAACUCCAUCCGAAGACGUUGCUGCUGAAAUCCCACCAGCAGAAGACCUCCAGAUGGAGGGCCAGCUGGACUCUGAUUACUUAACUACCACAGACCAGUUAGGAUCCAAAGUGACACAGCAAGGAGAGGCUCACAAUUUAGACCCUACUGAACCUCCAGAGAAGUUUGCGACCUCUGAUGAAAUUGCGUGUCACCAAGAAGAGAUUUGUGAAACGACGGAGGAAGUGGACUCAGAAGAUAGAAAUGGGUCCUCUGAAUGCUGGCAAAUGGAGGACAUCCUGAUUCCAGAACCCCAGGUGGUACCCCGACGGGUGGACUCUGUCGAGUCUCCACGUGAUGUGGUUUAUGUCCCCCUUUUGGACACCAAGACUGGGAUGCUUAAGGUUGUCCCAGGCGUUCUUCCAGCAGAAAACAUAGACCAAAUGGUCUCCAGUACGACUGAAGAUGACCUAUGUGAGGAACACCCAGAAGUUCAGAGGACGUUUGCUGAAGCCCUCCUUCAGGGUCUCCUUCCUAUUUUGGAAACUGGGCACCCUCUGCAAAAGGAAAAAGAGGUGGACACCACCCUGCUUUCCCCGGACCCGUUGGAGGAGUCCGCAUCUUACUCUUAUCUGGAGUGCAGCUUUGUGGCCUGCCCCGAGGAUGUCUCCAAUGAAACCAUGAUCUUAGCUCCAUCUCCAGAUUCUGGAAGAGAAGAGUUUGCGACCCCUGAUCAAACAUGGGGUAGCCAAAACAUGGUUGUGGAGGAGAGUCACUCUCCAACAGGCCUGGAGGCAGCAACCACAGAGUUGGAGCAUCUGAUGGUGGAGAACGUUGAGUUGGAAUGUUUGGAUGUUCCACCAAAUUGUUCUCUAGAAGAGGUACCUCCCAAGCAGAGCACGGCAGUGUGUCUACAUUAUAGUGUUCUUGCCCACAUGCCUUUGACCACCUCACACCCUGCUGUGAAGCAAAGAGAUGUGUCUCCUCAUCAACAAAUCUUCUUAGCUUCUGAAGACAAGAUCUAUUUGAGCAAUCUUCACAAAACUCAGGAUAGUCUUUCCAGUAGACAUGUAGAGAUGGUGCAGGUGGAGAGCGAAGCUUCCACCCUAGAGAGCUCACCAACUAUCCCUAGCCAGCUCGAACCAUCUGGUGCCUUGUUUCAACGUGAUGGUGAUGGAGCCACAGUAUCUCCAAUGGCUCUGGAAGACCAGCAAGAGGUCACCAGUGUGCUGCAAGGCUCUUUUGGAAACCUGGAGGAACAAAGAGUGGAGAGCGCACAUCUCAUCAGUAGCCUCCUUGUAGCAGAAGCCCAGAGUCGUCUUGGUAGCCUGAAGGAGAACGUCUUGGAGAAUCUUGGUGGAGAGCAUGUAGAAGAAGUAGUAGAACCAAAAUAUUCUGAAGAACUUGAAGCCCAAAGGACCCUUGGGGGGGAGGAGACUGUCGAUCACAAACAAAGCUCCUGGCAGUCUUGCAAGGAAGCCAAAGCUGAAGACCAAGCAGAGAUGGUGGAGGAGGGUGGAACGGGAGAAGUCCUUCCCGUAUCUGAAGGGAGUGAGGUGGAGGACUCUCAACUCCAAGGUUCUGCACCAAAGGAAGCCACCCAACUUGGCGUAGAAAACAUUGUCUCUGCCCCCGGGAAAGAUGAGGCUGAAGUCAUGGAUGGAAGCCCACCUCAAAGUCCUCCAGAAGACCUCCCAAGACUAGAAGCCAAAAGGAUGGCCAACGAGAAGACCAUGGAAGAAGCGUUGGAGGUGAUGGAACUGGAGGAGGCGGAGAUGAGCCAUCCGAUGAUGGAUAAUCUUCUCACCGAAAGCACGGGACACUCUUCUUCAGAAGAUGCCUUCUCGUCUCUGGACUCCCCCAUUCCUCUGGCUUCCCGUUCCAUCGGAACGUCAUCACAAGAGACUUGCCCCUCACAACGACCAUCAUCCCCUGCCCCGGAGGAGGUUCCGGUCACCCUGCCUCCCGCCCUGAGAUCUCAGUUCCCAGAAGUGCCUCCUGUUUCACCCUUGAUUCUACCUUCACCUCCUUCCGAGGGUCCCGUUCAAGGACCAUCAGCUACCUCGCGACUUGCUCCUUCGACCGCUGGUCCUUGUGUGGAACACACCCUUCUCAAGGAGAGUCUCCUGCAGGACACCCGCAAACCUCCAGUGGAAGCUCUCCAGAGUGCCAGUUCUUCGGGUCCCGGCCAGCUCCACCAACUUCCCGGUGGCCAAGAUGCCCGAGGGAGGAACCAGUUGCCCGGCAACCGAGACUCCCGCGUUAAGUAUUUGGGAUUAGCUCCGGAAAAGCGAGGUUCUCGGGUCUCCUUCCCUCCAGAGUCGAGCUCAAGUGAGGAGAGGGAGCUGGAGACGCUGCGCGAGGCGGGUAUGAUGCUCUUGGACGAGAAGACGACAUUGGUGGGGAAGAGGGGACAUGACCUGAACCACAAAGGAUCUUCCAACGAUUCCGAAAGCAACGAAGGAUCGCUACCGGAAUUGGAAGAGCCAAACCUCCCAGUACCACGGACAGCUCACGUGGCGCAGAACCAGCUGACGCAUUCCCUGGGGACUGGAGAGGAGUCCAUUAGCAAGGCCAAACAAAGCCGGAGUGAGAAGAAAGCUCGAAAGGCCAUGUCCAAGUUGGGUCUGCGGCAGAUCCAUGGUGUGACCAGGAUAACCAUCCGUAAAUCCAAGAAUAUCUUGUUUGUCAUCACCAAGCCGGAUGUCUUCAAAAGUCCAGCUUCCGACAUCUACAUCGUCUUUGGAGAAGCCAAGAUUGAAGACUUCUCCCAACAGGUCCACAAAGCAGCAGCGGCGAAGUUCAAAGUUCCUGUGGAGCACUCGCCCUUGAUCACCAAAGCAGCUCCAGCUCUCACCAUCAAGGAGGGGAGCGAGGAAGAGGAGGAG